AAACAAGUCUGGAAGGCGUUUGGUAAUACAAAUUGCAAAUAGGACAGAAAGGUUAUAAGAGGAAAGAAAUUCAGAAAUACUUAAAAAUGGACACUUGGCUCAUUGUUCCUAGCCGCCAUAGGCAUGAUCUGGAUUAUUUUGACAGACAGAGGGAUAUGUACUCCAAGUGGAUGCAUCUCUUCGAUCCCCAUUUGAGUGCUAUGAGAUACGACGAUUCCUUCAGACGUUUCGAAAGCGAACUGGAUCGUGUCAAACGAGAGCUGCUGAAACUUGACACAGAACCCGCUGACAUUGAAGUGGCUGAGCCCUUCAUUACCGACGCGGACGGCAAUAGGAAGCUGCAGCUCCGUUUUAACGUAAACGAGUUCGCGCCGGAAGAAAUAGCCGUAAAAACAAACGGCCAAGAUUUACUCGUGCAAGCGAAGCACGUGGAAGAUUCACCGGGAAAGAAAGUUCACAUUGAGCUCCACAAGAAAUACAAGCUUCCGGAAAACGUAGACCCCAAGAUGCUAAAAUCCACCCUCUCGCGUGACGGUGUUUUGCAAAUUGAGGCACCCGCACCGCCUGAGGUUGAGGCGCCAAAGGAAAACCUCGUUCCCAUCGAGAAGCUGUAACAGUCGUGAUGGUUUCCAAGACGGGUAGCUGACAUUGUUGCUAUGGUGAUUGUGAGAACAUUUGAAUGUGUAAUGUUUGAAUGGAGAGACUGUAGCAGGAAUGAUUCAUUGUAAGAUUUGAACGAUUGUUUUGAUUGAAAUGUAUAUUUCACUCUUGGAUAUUUUCGUUGACAUUUUGAUUUUUGAAAUCAGAACAAAAAUAUCACCUAACCGAACCUAUUGAGUGCAAGAAUGUUGUUUAUAAAGAUAGGUAUUUUCGCAUUAUUGUGUUCUCUUAAGUUGUUAAUAAGUGUUUUUUGUGAGUUUCUGUUCAAACUUCAAAGCCAUGCGAACAUGAUGGUUGUUUUUUAAACUGUAGUAUAUCAUUUGUAUUAUUUUGCUUUUCUAUUAUUUUACUACAUCUUGCUCGUAUAACGACAUUUCAAGUAAAAUAAAUGUUAUAAAUUGA